AUGAGUUUCCUGUGGGGUCCUUCGGCCGGUCAAUCCGAAUUUGACACAUUGCUGGGUCAGUACAUCCCCCUCUGUCGGUGGUGGUCGGUGUUAUGACUCGAUUCGAGCCCCCCCACUCGAGUGAUGGUUGUCGCUUCGGCGAGUCAUCUGCGGUGUCAUCAGAAGCAUGUGACCCAAUCAGAGCUCGAACCUGAUCAUUCGUUCGCACGUUGCCAACCAACAGAGAAAACGACCUCGGACCUGCUCCCCUCCUCGACCCCGCCGGACCUCGUCGCAUCGCUCCAACUCGCCGAUCUAAUCCGUUCGACCGCCGUACCCGCCUCGGCCGCCAGCAAAUCCAUCUUUCGUCGUCUCCGUCACCCCAACCCCAACGUCCAACUACUAGCCCUCUCCGUUCUGGACAUAUGCGUCAAGAACGGCGGCACACCUUUCCUCACCGCCGUAGCAGGCAAGGAAUUCGCGAAUGAACUCGAAUCGUUGGCGAAAGGUGGUAGUACUAGUUCGGGUAGUAACCGCGACGUCAAGGACAAGGUCAUCGCCAAGUUGCAGGAUUGGGCUACGGCCUUUGUCGGGAAGGAGGGGUUGAAGGGGAGUGAGUUGGUUAGGGUUUAUGAGAGGAUGAAGGCCGAUGGGUUCGCUUUCCCGCCGACGGAUCCGACCGCUACGGCCGCGAUGGUCGAAUCGUUAUCGGUCAGUUUCAGGGCGGGGAAAUGCUCUCAAAAGGGGGGUUGACAGAUGCUCAUACCUCAGCAUUUCACUCUGCGUGGAUUGACUUUUACGCAGGCCCCGGACUGGAAGGACGCGGCGUACUGCACUCGGUGCCGAACCGAUUUCACCACUUUUAAUCGCAAGCACCACUGUCGCAACUGCGGCGACGUCUUUGACCAACAAUGCUCGUCCAACGUCGCUCCCCUACCCCAUUUCGGCAUCACCGAAGCCGUGCGGGUGUGCGACGGGUGCGUCAAGAAGGUCAAGGAAGGCAAAGGCGCGAGCGUGCUCGCUCGAAGUACGAGUUUGGGCAGUGCGCAACGACAAGCCGAUCGACCGGGCUUGCCCGAACGGAGUUCGACCGUCGGACAUGGAUCAAGUUCGAGUAGUGGACGACGGAACGCUUCCGCGAGGGCAAAGGAGGACGAGGACUUGCAGCGCGCUAUUGCGGCGAGUUUGCUCGAGUCGAACCCUUCUUCGUCGAGGGGACCGGCGUUCGAAUCGCGCAACAAGGACGUACCUGCCAAAUCGGGGUAUACACCUUCUUAUGCGACGAAUGAAACGAGGACCUCGUCGAUACCGGACAAGACGGCGGGGGUGAAGGAGGAAGAGGAUCCAGAUUUGGCGGCGGCGAUUGCUGCGUCAUUGAGGGACGUUGCGCCCGCUCCUUCGGCACCGACCUUCGACUCUCACCCUACACCACCGGCGGCGACCUAUGCUUCGCUGUUCCCUAAUCAAGGAUACCAAAGCACCGCUGCACCAACGCACGCGACUCGAUAUGCUGUCUUACCUUCCUACGAUCUCUCCCCUACCGAAUCCUCGACAUUACACACCUUCACUUCCGCACUUGCACAACCGCCACCUCAGCUAGGGCAUCGCGAACGACAACUGUACGAGCAAGCCAGUCUAGCCGCUCCGAGGUUGGAAAGAGGGCUCGAAGACGCGGAGAGGAGGAAGGAGAUGUUGGUCGAGAUGAACCUCAAGUUGGCCGAGGCGGCGAGGAUGUAUCAGGGUGCUUUGGAGAACGCUGCGAGAGCGUAUCAUGCACCACAGCGACAACAGGUGGGGUACGGUGCGACGGUGGGGACACAGCAGCAACAACAACAACAGUAUGCGGGCGCGGUGGCGCAGGCUUCGUCGGCGGCGGCGUCGAUGCAGCAGACGUACCAGGAUCCGAGGUAUGCUUAUCAGCCUACUCCGAUAGGACAGCCUUUACCCUACACCAUCGCAUCCGCACCCCCGACGCACGCGCACGCCCACGAACAGAGCUAUGCUCCUCAACCACAAACAUAUGCACAACCUCAAUCUCAUCCUCAUCCUCAGCAAAGCGUCAUAUCCCCCGUUCCCGCUCAGGCCCCAGCUCAAGCCCCAGUCCAAGUCCAAGCCCAGCUUCAACCAGCAGGGUAUUACAAGCCCUCGCAAUUCCCUAGCGUACCCUCCGGCCCGCAGGCGAUGUUGUUCCCCCAUGUACCGCAGGAAGAACCCUGGACCAAGAGGGAGGAGCAAUUGGUGGAGGAGCAGAAGGUCGGGGAGUUGAUUGAGCUUUGA